AUGCAACGCCGACGCACAUACGGUGACCGACGGAGGAAUAUUUCACGUGCAGCACAGGCGCUAUGCCUUCACCGGCCUGAGUCUCUUCACAUCCUGAAACUAUCAUCCGGUUUCCGGCGUUGCAGUAUACGAACCCAAUCCAACGAUGGAGAAAACAUGCAAUGUGUUUUGUGUGUCCAGUUGCCUAAAAGACCCGUCAAGAACUUGAAAGCUGGUGCUCGUCUGAGAGUCUCCAUACUUGACAACAAAGCAAAAUGUGUCUCUUCGAUGAUCGGUAACUGA